AUGUUCCAUACAGAGGCAAUGAAAGGAUGCAAGGUGGCAACUAGCUAUGCAGGUCAAAGAGAUUGGCCACAGGCCCAAGACUUGUCUUUGAACGGAGCCUUCUACUCAUAUGAGCUUCCUAUUCACACCGCUGCGAGUUUGAUGAAUACCAGAAGAGCCUCUCUGAUUUGUCACGGAUCGACAGACAGUCAUGACUGGGACUCAGAGCCGGAUGCCUCGAUAGAUGAGACAGACACCUACGACAGAUUGCUCACCGGUGAUCUUAGAGAGUUCAUAGCAACUCAGGACGAACUUAGCUACAUUCAAGCCUUUACAGAUGGAAUCGGAGUGUGGAUGGACUCACUCAACAGUAGCAACCUCUUUACCCAGGUUAUUCCCUGGUAUGCGCUCAAGUCGCCAGUUCUUUUCCAUUCACUGAUGGCUUGCGGAGCAAAACAACUCUCCUUCAGUAAACCCGACCAACAACAUAAAGCAACUGCGCUCUACAACACUGCUACAGCACAGCUCGUUCGACUACUUCAAAAUCCGGAUAGAAACAUCAUGGACUGCACAACGGCAUCUAUUCUCCUCAAUGUAUACGAGUUCAUUUCAAAUAAACCCAUACAAAGAAUGAGUCACAUGGUUGGAGCAAGAGCACUUAUUCGAGAUUGCGGAUGGAAUUCUUCAAGCACGGGCAUCCCGGCAGCUUGCUUCUGGCUGAGCAUAGGCAUAGAAGUCCUAUAUUGCUUGUCUAUGAACUGGGCCGUCAGCUGGGAUCCUGAUAAUUGGGGAAUUGAUUUAAAUUGGAGCCGGGGCGAGAAUGAAUGCGAUGGCGAGCUUCAGACUUGGGUUCACAGGUCGUUUUACACAUUGGCCAAAGUUGUCAACUUUCGAGCGACAUCCCUCGCUAGUCUUCCGUCUGAUGCACACAGGGACCAAACUAGACUCUCAGGUCGUCUCUCUGAGUGGCAAUCCCUCAAACAACUCUGCGACAACUGGAACGACUGCUGCCCAAGGUCCAUGCGACCCGUAGGCUACUUGGCCAUGAACAAUGCGGACGAGCCAUCAGUCUUCCCCAAAUUUUGGCUGGCCCAAACAUCCGCAAUGCUAGGUAGAAUAUUCUAUCACACAGCCCAAUGCAUUCUCGCACAAGUAAAUCCAAUAGAAUCACCCGGAACGUCAUCGGAGAUGAAGGAACUUGAACAGCAUCACGCCCGUCAGAUUAUGGGUAUUGUGGCAAGCGGCCGUGAUCGGUGUGUUACGGUUAUGGCCGCUCAAGCCGUCAACAUUGCCUUCCAAUCAUUGGCAGAUAGAGAAGAACAAGAGGCAGCCUUGGCAAUUCUUCGCGAAGUCCAGGCAAUCAACCAUGGUACAGGCGCGAACGGACUUAAACAAUCAACAAUGUCGAAUCAAUGGCCCUUGGCAGCACUGGACGCGGCGGAGCUGAGUACGUUCUCUGCGGCAUCUCUUUCCUUUGGACAGCCUUGGCAAAUUGCUGCGAGUACUUUGAACUUCAUCCCAAGUACUUUCAUGAACCAUCUGGACGAUAAUGAACUCCCGAUUGAAAAUCCGUUACAAUCGGCGUAUUUUGGGCACCCCAACCAGCCGUACAAAACGUGGUAUCAACCAGUGUGCGAAAAUGGCAUCAAACGCUUCAAUUUUGAGAUGUAG